CUCGCGAUACCAGAGCCUGGUGGAGCGCGAAAUACUGUGGGAGGGGCUGGGGAGCGAUCGACCGACUUCCGGCCAGGCCGUUGUCUGGGUGGCGCGGUCGAGUCAUCGCUGGCCCUCGCCGCUUGGAUCUCCCGGCCCUCCCCCCGCCCCGGCGCGGGGGGUCGACCAGUGAAGUGGGGCGGGAGGCGACUCCGACCUUCCCCUUCAUUUCGUUCUGGCCAACUCCCUGGCUACCAGCUCUGGGUCCUUGGGACCCGCGAGGCCCGGUCUGAGGGGCCGGGGCCUACGUGGGCCCGCCGCCGGGCCCCAUGAGGCACAGCCUGACCAAACUGCUGGCGGCCUCGGGCAGCGACUCCCCAAACCGCAGCGAGAGCCCGGCGCCGGCCGCGACCUGCUCGCUACCCCCGGACCAGACCCGGGCGGCAGCGGCGGCAGAGGACGAAGGGACGGCGGCGGCCGGAUCUUCCGGCCGCAGGCAGCCGCGAGGCGACGAGAGCGAGUCGGAGGCCGGGAAGGGGGGCCGCGGCGGCGUGGCCGCGCGCGCACCCUCGCCCGAGGAGAUGGAGGAGGAGGCGAUCGCCAGUGUCCCCGGGGAGGAGACGGAGGACAUGGACUUUCUGUCCGGGCUGGAACUGGCGGAUCUGCUGGACCCUCGGCAGCCGGACUGGCAUCUAGAGCCCGGGCUCAGCUCGCCGGGGCCUCUCUCCUCGUCAGGCGGAGGCUCGGAUAGCGGCGGCCUGUGGAGAGGGGAGGACGACGACGAGGCCGCGGCUGCCGAGAUGCAGCGCUUUUCUGACCUGCUGCAGAGGCUCUUAAACGGCAUCGGAGGCUGCAGCAGCGGCAGUGACAGUGGCGGCGGCGAAAAGAGGCGGAGAAAGUCCCCAGGAGGCGGCGGCGGCAGCAGCAGCAACGACAACACCCAGGCGGCGACAAAGAGUCCCCGGAAGGCGGCGGCGGCUGCUGCCCGUCUUAAUCGGCUGAAGAAGAAGGAGUACGUGAUGGGGCUGGAGAGUCGAGUCCGAGGUCUGGCAGCCGAGAAUCAGGAGCUGCGGGCCGAGAAUCGGGAGCUGGGCAAGCGCGUACAAGCACUGCAGGAGGAGAGUCGCUAUCUACGGGCCGUCUUAGCCAACGAGACCGGACUGGCUCGCUUGCUGAGCCGGCUGAGCGGCGUGGGACUGCGGCUGACCACCUCGCUCUUCAGAGACUCGCCCGCCGGUGACCAUGACUACGCUCUGCCCGUGGGAAAGCAGCAGCAGGACGUGCUGGAAGAGGACGACUCAGCCGGAGGAGUGUGUCUUCAUGUGGACAAGGAUAAGGUGUCGGUGGAGUUCUGCUCGGCAUGCGCCCGGAAGGCGUCGUCUUCUCUUAAAAUGUAGGGUCAAGUAAUCUGCUCUUUAUCCGCGUUUACCCCUUUCAACUCCCUUACACCAUGUAAAACACCUUAGUGGGACAUCUUCACUGGACACAUUUCAGAGGAGGAAAAAAAAAGUAAUAUUGAAUCUUUAAGUGUUUAGCUAAAAGCAUGAAUGUGACACUGUAACCAACUCCUAAUGAUAACAUGUGACUAUUAAAUCUCUCUGACAGUUUCUUUUUUAGGUGAUUUCCUUCCUGCCAGGCUCCGUUGUAGGGGUUACAGAACAGUCGUUCCCGCCUCACAACCUGACUUGCGUGUACCUAGCUCUUCUGUCCCCAGUGUGGACAUGGCCUUGGAUGACAUCGGUUGCAACUGUACACUGAAAGCUGCUAAUAGAGAUACAGUUUGGAGACAGUGACACAGGUGAAGUUGAAUGGAAGUUCCGAGUUGUACAAGGUGCAAAUUGGAAUUCCAAUUUUAGAGCAACUUUUCAGAGGUUGACAAUAAGUACUUGGGGCAUGCACAAAUGGGAUAGAUAUUUUGCUGGAGAUGACAGGAAUCUCUUAAAUAUUCAAGAACGCCUUUUAGUUUUCAUAGAUCUAGAUAUACAGUCUAUUCAAAUCAGUAGAUUUUUAUAUCUUACCGUUAGAGAGGUUGGAGAUUAACAUUAUCAGACUCCUGUGUUAGUUAAUUGAAGGAGGCAUAAGAAUGGUUAAUGAAAUGUUUCUUUGAGGACCAGCACAGUGAUUACCCUAUCACUGAGUAUGAAUACAUUGUUGAACACCUUUAUUUUUGUUGUAUUAAAAUUUUAGGUUAAAUUUAUGUAUGAUUAGAUAUUGAAGGUUAUGAAAUGUGAAUGAAAAAGUGUAAAGUGAGGCUUCACAAAGAAUGUUACUCUCCAUAUUUCAAAGACCUUUAUCCUAUUAAAAAUAAGUUUUAAAAUUGAGUGGUUCUGGCUACUUAAUAACACUAUUGAGACUUUUUCCAAAGUGGGGAUAUAGUCUUCCCUUGAAAUACUCAAUUACCUAUUGUCCAAUUGUAUGUUACAGUGUCCAUCUGUGUAAGAUGCAUUAAGAAAUUCUUUGUGAAACAUCACUGUUUGAUAAAGUAUAUACAUAUUUAGCAUCCUUGUUUUUCUUUGUGCUAAAGUGGAUACAGCUGUUGGGGCAGAAGAGACGGGACCAGCUGCUGGCCACAUUUCCUGCUUUAUUUUAAAAGGUAGUAUAAGAAAUGAGGAAAAAGAGGUAAUAUCAGGGCUUCUGCUUUUAUUUUAAAAUGUUCAUAAUUAAAAAGUAUUUUCCAGCAGUCCAAAGAUGUAAGUUAUCUUACACAUAAAAUGUUUUAUUUUGUUGUUAUUUGGUUAUGAAAAUGGAAUCUUGUUCUUGCACAACUGUAAAUGUUUUGUUGCUAGAUAAUACAAUUUGAGACCUAACUUGGUCUCUGGUUUCCAGUGCAUUACGGCAUAUUUUGUAAAAUCUACUGCACUUGAGCAUGAAUGGAUAGUAGCCAAACUCACAACCUGGAGUGAUGAACCUGCUUAUACCUAAGUGCAGGAGCAAGCCCCUCACAAUGCAGCUGCAUGGAUUUUUAGUGCCUACUGAAUUAUAUAUAUAUAUAUAUAUAUAUAAAAACCAAAAGUAGUUGGAAAAAUUAUUUGAAAUGACUAAUUUGUGCUAUCUUUAUGGAAUAUGUUAAAUGUAGCUUUUUGAAACAGAAGCCUUGAAUUGAAAUUUAAUUAAUACUUGAACAUUUUGUAUAUAUUUCUUUGUAUAUAAUUUUGUGCAGUACCAAUGACAAAAAUAUGGUGUCAUAAUAAAACCAGGUUUGUUGAUCUUUCAGUUAUGGGCUCAAAGAAUUUAUUCAUCUCUAACAUGACAUUGGAAAAUAAUGGAUGAAAAUAGGAAAAAUGAUUGUUGUUAAUGCUGUGGGUCUUAAAAGGUUCUGGAAGCAGUAAGUGUGUUUUUCUAAAAAUUAUACCAUUCCCUUGGAAUAUUUUCUUCCUAAUGUCAAUGCUUUUCCUGCAUUAUUUGAAGUUUGGGGCUGGGGAGAAACAGUAGUCAAAGUUUUCUGAAUUGGGAUGCUUUGAAAUUCCAAGUAUAGAUUUUUAGAAUGUCAUUUUAUAAAUGGCAGUUUUUGGAAAUACUUGAUUCAGAAUUUUUGAAAAUGGAGAUUAAUAUUGACUAUUUUAAAAGCUGCUUUGUUAGGUUCCUUAUGUUUUAAGUGUGUUUUCUUAGUUUCCAUUUCAUUCUUUUUUUUCUAAUUUUGGUGACUUAGUGAUUUUGUCAUUUUUUACAUCAACGUCAUGGUCUUGUUUUUACACGGUAUUGCAUGUAUUUAGGACCUAUCUAACAGGGGCUUUAAAUUUGGUCAUAUUUAUGUGUAAGCACAUUUUACUGUAAAUGUUUGGGUUUCUGAAUUUACAACAGAUCUGUUUAUUUCAGUAUGUAGUAAACAAUAUCUUAAAAGUGUCCUAUUCACUACUUGUUAAUUAAAAAAGUUAUGAUUAAUAUGAAA